AUGGAUUUGGAGACAGCAUUACAGGUUAUUAAAUCGUUAGAACAACAGCUCGAUGAGUUAGAGGAUGCAGAAAAAGAGUACGAAAAUGAGAUGGAGGAAGUAAUUGAAAAUUUAAAAAAGGAAGUGGUCCAGAAAAAUCAAGAAUUGUCAAGCAAUAAAAAGCAAAUAGUGGAUUUGGAGAUACGAGUGGAUGAAUUAGAGACGCAAAAUGCGGUUCUUCUGAACCGCAACGAGAACCUGCAAGCAGAGAAUGAUCAGCAUUUGGAGAAGAAUGUUUUGUUAGAACACGAAUUAGCAUACAUGAAGGAAACUUUGUCUACCUCUUCUCCCUCUACUACCAUAGAACACAAGAAGAUAAGGCGUCCUGACGUGGACGACUUCAAAGUAACCACAUCUGGGUCGACGUUGUUCAUUUCGCCCUUACAGGACCGGUCUAAACAGAUCCAGCAUCCACAGGUUUCCAUCUCCAAGGUCAUAUCGACCACUUCCAAGAGGAUGCCCCUAUCUUAG